CUACUGAUUACCAACUUCGCCUCACUUGCUGAUUACCAUUGCAAAAGUUAACUUGCUAUGCUGUGCUGUGUAACCCUCCCUAUCCCCUUCACCACCACCACCUACCUCAUCGCCUCCCUUCUAUCGAUCGAUAAAUAAUAACCUCCACUACCUUUCUUUCCCUCCCCAUCAAUGCCCCCCAUUAAUGCCCCAUUUCACCCUUGACGACGCGGCAACCCAAUCCCCCACCGGCCUAACCCGACAUCUCAACACCACCGUCGAGGAAUAUGUCUUCCCUAUCCUCAUCGCCCUCUCAUGGUGCAAUGCCAUCGAGCUGGUCAUCCUCUGCCUCAACACAUUCAAACGCUACACCGGCACCUACUUCUGGUCCCUCCUGAUCGCCUCCCUCUCCAUCAUCCCCUUCAGCCUCGGCUACCUGCUCAAAAUGUUCGGUCUGACUUUCACCAACUACUUCCUCGAGAUCUCCCUAGUCGGCGUCGGCUGGACCGGCAUGGUCACCGGACAAUCGCUCGUUCUCUGGUCCCGGCUACACCUCGUGCUACAUCAGAAGAAACUCCUGCGCGGCCUCCUCUACCUAAUUAUUUUCGACGGGGUGUUACUACAUUGCUCGAGCGAGGGGCUGGAAUUUGCGGUCAACGCGAUGCCGGAUUCCGAGCGCGUGGAUGUUGCGUUUGGGAUCAUGGAGCGCAUACAGUUGGUAUGGUUCUGUGCGCAGGAGUUGUUACUCUCGGGGCUGUAUAUACGGGAGACGGCGAGGAUGUUGCGCAUGGAUAGUGGGGAGUUGUCCAGGAGUGUGUUGGUGCAGUUGUUGCUGGUGAAUGUGGUGAUUAUUGUCUUGGAUUUGUCGGUCGUGGGGAUUCAGUAUGCCGGGUUUUUUACGUUCCAGGUGACGUUCAAGGCUCUGGUGUAUAGUAUCAAGUUGAAGUUGGAGUAUGUUAUUUUGGGUAGGUUGGUGGAUGUCGCGUAUGUGAGGUCGCAGGUCGAUACGCCGAGGUUUAGGUUUUGAUGGAUACACUUUUAUGGUUUGGGAGUUUGGCUUGGUUAUAUAUAUACCCUGGGUUUUGGUUUGGAAUUUUUGUUUGGUGGUUGGAUUAUAUAUUUGUGUUAAUGCCUAUAUACUUUGUAUAAUAUCAUAUUUUAGAGAGGAAGAGACACAUGAUGAUCUUCAGA